AUGGACACCACCUUUAUCACCAUUCAUGACCUCUCAGAGCAUGCCCACAUCCUCUACUCUUCAGACUCAAUUGUCGACAUCCUCGGACACACGCCGGACGAGGUCGUCAACAAGUCGGUGUGGGACUUCUUCCACCCAGAGGAGGUUCCUGUAGCAAAGCAGCUCCAUGACCGAAGCGUGAGGCUGGACAAGGCUUCGGUCUUGUCAUACUGCCGCAUCAAGAACCGUCAGGGCGACUGGGUCGGGUGCGAGUGCUGCUUCUCUAUCGUCUACGAUGUAAUGGUCUGUUGCACUUCUAUAUAUCACCAAGGAAUGAAUAGCCAGAAACGUGCGGCAGAAGCCCCCAUCGUGCGGAAGCUGUUUUCCUCCUCUCCCAAGGAUCCACGCUACCAUAUGCUGUCGCACUUGUCCAGCAAGUUUACGCUUGGCCCAGAGAGCCAGACGCAUGAACCGCGGGCUGCGCUCUUCCUCAAUCGCUUCACUCGAACCUUGACCGUCAUGUAUGCCACUAAUGGUAUCGAGGAGAUUCUUGGCAUACCGAGCGAUGAGAUGAUAGGACGCAGCUUCUACUUUUGCAUCGCCCAGAACUGUCUGAACGACGCAGUCAAAUGUUUGGAGUCGGCCAAAGGCAAUGACUCGAUCGCUUAUCUGCGUUUCUUCUUCCGUGACCCUCGUCAAGACGAUCCCCCGGACCCGUUGACUUCAGCUUCAGAGAGCGAGGACGACGUAAUGACAGACAUUACGUCUUCCGAAGACGAGUCUGAGACUUCAACGACCAAUAGAGACACGUCCCUAUCACGCGGCGAGUCUUCAAACAGCCGCUCGCACGUAUCCAAUAGUAUGGACACCAGCGGUGGCGAGGGCUCCAAUUCGCGAGAAGCCUCGGGAAAUCUUGCCGACCGCUCGAACGGUUACUCUGAGGCUCGUUCAGCUGGCUCUUCUCUAGCAGCCGGCUCGCCUUACUCGGAUGCACGCGACGAACCUAUCGAGCUCGAAGCUGUGGUUUCCUGCACCUCCGAUGGCCUUGUUGUGUGCCUUCGCCGCGCCCGUCCUGUCCAACCUACUCCUACUGCGCAACCCGCGGUCAACAAUGGAGUUUUCGCUGCUCCAUGGGCCCAUCAACCCAUGUUCGCGCCCGCUCUGCCUCAGCUUCCACCAUAUCCUCUUGGUGCAAUACACCCUGCUAUGACACAGGCAGCUCCUCCAUCGGCGGUGCAAAACACCUUCAUGCAAGCCAUUCGCGAUGUUGCAGUCUUCGCAUGGGCCUUGGUCGGGAUUAACGGGAGUCUCGCAGAAUAUGCAGACUCCAGGAGCAAACCUGUUGGUGAAGCUCAACCUCCGGAUGGCUUCCCCAUUUGGGACCCGAAUCCCGGACCAGGAAAUAGAGACAAAGAUUCUAUGGCACCAUCGGGCUAUGCUUCGGGCUCUGGAAGCUCUUCAAGCAAUGAUCCCUAUGGCUUUGGUGACCCGGGUCUUAAGUGA